CCGCACCGUUCCCCGGAAAACUCGACUUUUCAUUUCAUUCUUUCAUUCCUCCCAUUCUAGCCAUGGAACGAGCCCCAACAAUGGCUAUUUCGAAAAGUGAUCCUGUACCGCGACAUCUAGUGGGCGGACACCUCUUCCUCCGAGGUAGUAGAGGCUGGGAUCCUGCCUACCUCCGAGGCCACCUCGAAACUCUUUCCAAGUUGGCACCCACUCUGAGAGAUUUCGAUCAUCGCGUCACGCGAUUCAUAGGAGGAAUCCCUUUCGCAUCAGCCAAUCACUAUUAUGCCAGUUCUACAACUCAUAAGAGGACUCGUUUCUCGGCGUUCAACGCAUUUGGGGUGAGGAAGGGAUUGCGAGCGGGUUGGCUAAGGGUGGUGUUGGCAAAGGGGCGGAAGAGAGGGGGUCGGUGAAGAAUGAAAGAGGGUUGGAAGGGGGUGAUGUCGUUGUAAGUUGC